AGAGUCCAUGGAGAAUCUAUAUAGAAAUCAGUUGAAAAUAAACGCUGACUUAAAUAACAAGCUUGAAUACAUAGCUACGAUCUUGGAAGGUGCAAAAUUAGAAGCAAAUACUUCUCCAGCUGGUUUUACUGAACCUGUAGAUCUUCCAGUUAAAACAUUGCAAGAUUUACAAGAUUUGGAAACAAAACUAGCUGAUGAUAAGGAAUAUAAAAACUAUCUUCACUUUUUAAAGCGUAUUGGUGGUCGUAACUGUGUGGAGACAACACGGAGGAUAAUUUCCAUACUAAUUGGACAUAAUUUAGCCUUGCAAUGCAAUUGGACUGGCAGGAACAGCAAGACUGCUUUCAAUAUAAAUAAAGCUUUGAUUAAACUUAUCACAGAGGCAGUAAUAUCAAAUCCCGCAUGUGGAUCCGAGGCCACGGCGUCUCUUAUAGAGGGUACUAUGAAAGCAUGGUUACGCGGAGCAUGUGAUAGAGAUGGUGGGAGAGUGAAUAGAAAAAAAUGAAGAUCUCCUAUUUUUCCGAAUCGCUAAAUCAUUUUAAGUUGUCGAUAUUAUUUUUAUUAAACCAACUUGAAAACUACCCGGCUCAUACAAGAGACUUUUAAUUCCGGGAGAAUAUAUCCUUAAUUUUUUCCGUUAAUUAAAUGUAC